CUCAAACAAAUCUCGACAUGCUGCGCUGCCACUGCUCCUGAAGAGUGAAGAUUUUUGUAACGCGAAGAAAGUGACUGGCAGAGGAAAAUUCUCCGUUCCCGUUUGGAAAACGCUAGAAAAGUCUCGGAAAACGGCGCGCUAAACCGCCUGCAAGGAUGUCUCUGUUCGGAAUGAUGGGCGAUCUCGAGGAUGAUCCUAUUUUCGGACAUCACAUGCGUUCGAUGCGCCAGAUGAAUAACAUGAUGAACUCGCUGUUUGCCGAUCCGUUUGGGAUGUUUGGCGGCGUUGGUGGCGGGAUGGAGAGCAUUGCCGGACCGUCGCUGAUGGGGCCUCGAGUUGGGGCGAUGAUGCCGUUUAUGGGUGGUCCGAGUAUGAGCAUGAACCGGCUGUUGAACGGCAACGGGGACGGAACUUCGUACUGCAGCAGCAGCGUUUUUUCGAUGACUUCGGGGCCGAACGGACCGCAGGUUUACCAGGCCACGUCCAGCACACGCUCCGGACCGGGUGGCAUCAAGGAGACGCGCAAAACCGUUCAGGACAGCCGAAGCGGCACGAAGAAGAUGGCCAUCGGGCACCACAUCGGCGAGCGGGCACACAUUAUCGAGCGCGAGCAGAACGUGCGCACGGGUGAGCAGGAGGAACGGCAGGACUACAUCAACCUGGACGACGAGGAGGCGGAGGAGUUUGAUCGCGAGUUCCAAACCAAGGCACGCAGCUCGAUGAGCCUGUCCGGGGGACGCCGCUCCGGAGCGGAGAUCAUGGAGUUGCCGUCGAACCAGCCGAACCCACCGCACAUCCGCGCCAUUACAAACUCGCCGCACAACGUGACCAUGCCGGGCGCCAGCAGCAGUCCUCAACAUUCCCCAGCGAGCCGCAACCGCAUCACCGGUGGGCCCUCCGUAACGCCACGUCGCGCCAUCCGAUCGCCGGCCUCGUCCCCGCUGCUGGCUCUGCCACCGACGACCUCUAGCGCGUCCGGCGGCCACAUUACGACCAGCGUCCAUCCGCACCCGUACAGCAUGGCCGGACGGAAGAACCGUGCCAUCAAGGGUCCAUCGUCGUCGUCGCCGGCUGCGUCGACUUCCUCGCCGUACCACAACAAUCACCAGUAGACGACGACCGUCGAUUAGGACGGACCCUUCGUUUCCAGCCGAUAUGAUUUGUGAGCCGCAAAAGCUCUCCAAAAUUUGCUUCCUUUUUCCAAGAGGAUAAUUAUUCUGCGUUGCUCUGCUCGCAAGCAAGUGAGACAGAGCACAGUUUCUGACAAAUUCGUAGAUGUUUCGGUGUUCCGUUAAAAGAGUUGACUAACGAUUUAAGUUUAAGUUGUAGUUAAGCGAUUAUUUCAAUUACCGUUUUUCACAAAAUCAAACUAUACCAACAAGAGAGUAAAUGUAAUCACUACGAUGGCUAAAUAGCAAAAAGCGUUGUAGAUAUUGCUGAAUCCACGAGGCACAAUCAAUCCUGCAAGUGGGAAAUCCAGAGCCAGAACUAAGUAUUUCCAAUGUUCGCGCAAGCAAAGGGUCAUAACAAUCGCUUCGUAUUCGUAAUCAAAUCAAUUUCUAACACAGCACACUCUAUCAACAAAAAAAUGCACCGCCCCCUCGGAGAGCGCGCGCGCUCGAGUGGAGAGAAAAA